AGCUAUUUAAGGGACAGGGACGCCAGCCUAGCGUGGGAUUUCAUUUCUUCUGCGGCAGCUGUGGACGUCGUCGCUCGGCUCGGCAGAGACAUCCAGCUCAGCUUCUGAUACUGUCUGGUUAACAGGUUGAGAUGUUGCUGUAGGUACAGACAAAGGGAGUACAUGCUAAUGAAAUUGAUCUGCUCAGUGAGCGCCAACCAGAGCAGCCCAGCCCAUGACUACCCAGACUGCCGUGUGGGUGGCGGGGAGGCCAGUCUGCUGGUGUCUCCUCUGGUGGUGGCGGGCAUCGUCAUCGGCCUGGUCCUCCUCCUAUCCUGUGUCACCAUCAUUGUGGGCAGCCUGCGUAAGGACAGCCGUCUGCACAACCCACACCUGCGUGCCAGCUACGCCCCUGACGGUCUCUCCUACGGGGGCUCUCUUGGGGACCUGAGGUCCACCUGCAUGGAUGAGUUUCCUCCUGCCUUCGACUUUGACUCCUACACAGAGAGCCUGUCUCAGAGCCACACCCUGUACCCUGACUCUCCUCCUCACUAUGAGGAGUGUGUGGGGCCCGGAGCCACACAGAUCUAUGUUCCCACAGAUGAUCCUCCUCCCUACUCACUGACGGACCCCUGUCAGCAGGACCAGGAGACCCCCUACAGAAGCCUGGAGACAUCUGCUUCAGCUUCCUGGUUAGCUCCCAGCACUGCCUCACAUUACCCAAUCAGACUUCAGGAUCUCAGGCGGCAGCCAAUCGCCUCCAUCUCCCUUUCAACCCUCCCCCAAGAGGAUGCACCCCCUUACGAGGCAGUGGUGCAUGAACAGAACCAACCCCUUCCCUUGAUGCCACUGGACGUGCUCAAAUACCAAUCAGAAAACAGCCUCCCGCCUCAACCAGAUCAGCACAGGAUUCUGUAAAAGUAGGGCUGUGGAAAUCUUACUGUAAAACCAGAACUGGGCCUAUAGAACUCUUCCUAUAGAACUGGACUUGGGUCUGUAAAACUCUUCCUAAAGAACUGGAACAGGGACUGUAGAACUCUUCCUACAUAAACUGGAGCUGCGUGUGUAAAACCAGACGCCCCCCCCCCCCCCCCCCCCCCCCCCGCUGCCACAAUCCCUGCUCUCCAUAUUAGGAUGGUGCUGCUGUCUCCCAGCAGAGCCUCCUGCUGCUUGCAGCAGCCUGGCCUCCACUCUACUGCCUGAUUCACACAGACCCUACCUCUGGGAUAAGUGUCCUCAUCCCAAGAUGUCCGCCGCAUCAUCCCUUUAACCCUGGCUCACCGCACCGCCAUGGAAACGUAGGCAUUCCUUGUCACUGGUGCAUUGUGGGGGUUGUAGUAGAAUGUUUCCUUUCUAAGAAUGAAGAUGCUUGUAGGAAGUGUCCCUCUUACUGUUGACAUAGAGUUAACACACAGAUACUGUAGAAUGUUCCGUUAGCGCCUUCCUAAAUCUCACAUUCCAUUCCAACACAUCCUGUUCCAACAGACUGAUCUUUCCCACAUUCAAUAACAUUACAGCUCUGUAUGUAGCAGGUCUUUAAGACUCCUUUGAUUAAUGGCAGUACGUCCAUGUUGUUUGUUCAAUAGUGAGUUUAGGUUUUGCACUAUUGCAUGAAAGGUCUUCCUUUCUGCACUGUAGACUUGCAUGGUCCCUGAGUGUGCACUAUUGGCACUGCCCUCUACUGUGGAGCAGGGCUUUUUUAGACACAGACUGUUCUGGCUCUACCUCCCAUGACCUCAUGCUCAUACAGUACAAUACCUUAUCCAGAUACCUGGAGACAUGCUUUAGACACGUGUUAGACAUUGCUUUUCCCAUGUCGUAGGACUGGACUCAGACGUCAGCUUAGCAGGCUAAUGCAGACAAACACAUGUGCUGUGGUGACUUGUCCUCCCUCCUUCCUCUUCUGUUGCUUUCUAUCAGCCCCCCAUGAUGAGGUUAAUCACUGUGAGCACCAUCAGUUUGGUAGUUUACUUUUGUAGUUUACAAUCAUAGUUAGGUUAUUUAGACAGCUUGCUUCAAUGAUUAACUAUGGACUCAAGUCAUAGUUCACCAUGGUAAUUUACUAUGGAAGUUUCCUGUUCAGAAAGUCAACAUUAACUAUUGUAGUUUGGAUUCUCACAUUUCGCUAUGGUAGUUUACUAUGGUAGUUUGCUAUGGUUUGCUUACUACUAUAAUUUACUGCAAUGGUUAAUUAUUAGGGAGUCAGAUGGC